AUGCAAGAAGCUAAAAGCAUCAUUACUCCUAUGCAAUAUGGUUUGACACUCUCCAAGUUUGGUAGUGAUCCUGUUCAAGAUCCAACACAGUACAAAUCUGUUGUAGGAGCAUUGCAGUAUGCCACUAUAACUAGACCAGAAAUUGCAUUUUCAGUCAACAAAGUUUCACAGUUCAUGCAAUCCCCUUUGGAAGCUCAUUGGAUUGUUGUAAAAAGAAUUUUCAGAUACCUUCCUGGCACUAUUGACUAUGGAAUUCAUCUAACAAAGUGCAAUGAUUUUCAUAUCGAGGCAUUUUGUGAUGUUGAUUGGGCGUCCGAUCCUGAUGAUAGACGCUCAACCAGUGAAUAUUGUAUGUUUCUUAGAUCGAACUUAGUUGCUUGGAAGUCUAAAAAGCAACAAACAAUUUCCAAGUCAUCAACAGAAGAUGAAUUUUGA